ACAACCCGGAAAUGUGGCGUUCUGUGAGGUUGAAUGGAAGGGGAAGGUUGAGUCAGACGGGAUACAGUUUGGACGAGCAGAGGCGGCGCCUGUAAAUUAUGAGUUGUGAGAGGAGCCCACGUUCUGGAAAGUAUGGAAGGUAGUCCGCGCAGUGACUCUCCCAGAAAGCAGCCCCAGCCGCUCCAACCAAACCGCACUGUCUCAGGAAACAUGGGGGUCUUCGGGUCUUUUGUUCAUUUUGAAAACAUUCGGGAGUUGAAGAGACUCUGCCACUGGGGCCCCAUCAUUGCCCUGGGGGUUAUUAUAAUCUGCUCCAUUGUGGCCGUCUUGGACUCCAUCCUAUGGUACUGGCCGCUGGACAUGCCCGGGGGCAGCCUGAACUUUCUGGCGCUCAUUAAUUGGACAGUUAUGAUUCUUUACAAUUACUUCAAUGCGAUGUUUAUCGGACCCGGAUUUGUUCCUCUUGGGUGGAAACCGCAGAAAUCUCAGGACUCUAUGUACCUCCAGUACUGCAAAGUGUGCGAAUCGUACAAAGCUCCGCGUUCUCACCACUGCCGAAAGUGCAACAGAUGUGUGUUGAAGAUGGAUCACCAUUGCCCAUGGAUUAAUAACUGCUGUGGACACCGGAAUCAUUCUUCCUUCACCUUGUUUUUGCUCCUGGCCCCUCUUGGUUGUAUCCAUGCUUCUUACAUCUUUGUCAUGACGAUCUACACCCAGCUGUAUCACAGAAUCUCAUUUGGGUGGAAUUCAGUAAAGAUUGACAUGAGCAUGUCACGGAGAGACCCGGCGCCCAUCGUACCCUUCGGCAUCGCUGCAUUUGCCGUGUCAUUGUUUGCUCUGGGGUUGGCUCUGGGAACCACCAUCGCUGUAGGAAUGCUGUUUUGCAUUCAGAUGAAAGUCAUUCUGCGGAAUAAAACCUCCAUUGAAUCGUGGAUAGAAGAGAAGGCCAAAGACCGCAUCCAGUAUUACCAGACCGGAGAGACCUUUAUUUUUCCAUAUGAUUUGGGAAGCAAGUGGAAGAAUUUCCGUCAGGUGUUCACAUCCGCGGACGCCCCUCAGGGAGACGGGAUAGAGUGGCCGAUAAGGGAAGGGUGCCACCGAUACGCCUUGACGGUCGAGCAGCUGAAGCAGAAGGCAGACAAGCGCGUGCGCAGUGUGCGUUAUCGCGCGGUGGAAGAUUAUAGCGGCGCCUGCUGCCCCCUUACCAAAGGCCUACGCACUUUCUUCAGCACCCCCUGCACAGAAGAACCACGGAUGAAGCUCCAAAAGGGGGAUCUUGUCUUGGCAACAAGAGGCAUGAAAUACUGGAUGUACGGAGACAAGAUUUUUGAGGGUGAUCCCCCAGAAGAUGGAUUGAGGACUAGAGGCUGGUUCCCCAGGCGCUGCAUGGUCAAAUACGUCUCCGAUACAGGCUCCGACCAGUCCGACGAUGAAAAGAAAUCUAGAUAACCUUUUUAGAAGACCGCUUUCCCCUGCGCCCAAAGCCUUCGAGUGUUAUCAAACCACUAUGGACAUUUUCACUAGGACUUUUCCAUCGCUGCAAAUCUAGAUUGAUCAUUGAGGGAAGAGUAAAUACAGCCUACCUCUCCUGUGUAAGGUUUCCGGUUCACGUAGUCUCAAGUGUCAGGACUAUCCCAGCUUUUCAAGGACGUAAAGUCUAAGGUGCGAUCUUCAUUAGGCCUUCAAAUUUCUAAACCAGCAAAGUGUGUUUCUUUUUGGUGAUCCAGCUUUAUGCAACUGUCCACGCGAACUACAUUUUUAAUCCGUUUCAGACGCACUCGCGCAGGUUUUGCACUAAAACGGCUCUUUAUACCCAACCUUAGGUACCGAGGCGGUGAUCCCGUGUCCUUUCACGCCAGAUUAAUGAUCAUAGACGUAUUAAUGUAUACGAAGAGCAUUGGACCAGAUUAAACCUUUUCCUCUCCGGA